CGUUCUGCCCCUCCCCCUCCCACCCCCCUCGCUGUCGCCUCCUCUCCAACCUUGCCUCUCGCUUCGCCGCCCCACGCCCCGCGCUCGCCACACACACGCAGUUCCUGUCCAUGAAGAUCGCCGCCGCCACCUCCCUCCCCAUCCACUCGUCGCUUCCUCACUCUAUCUCUUCUCUUCCUCUCCCGCGACUCCCCCACCCGCCACCGCCGCACCCACCGGUCGCCGUGCUCCCCUCCGCUGCCGCCGCACCACGCCCACCAUAUCUCCCUUGUCCGGGAGGAUCCCGUCGCUACCGUGCCUCUUCCUGCGCUCCCCCUAGCCUCGCCUCCAACCUAUAGGAGAUGGCGUCCGAGAGGCAUGCGGCAGAGCGAUUGAUUGAUUUGGAGUGAAGCGCCGCCCGCCGCCGAGUGGAUUCGAGUGAAUGAGUGCCACCCCAGUAUGGCCGCGCAGAGCUACUCCCGCCUUCACCGCCUCCUCACAUUGCUCGACACUAGUUCGACACAAGCGACAAGGUUCGCGGCCGCGCGCCAGAUCGGAGAAAUCGCAAGGACACAUCCCCAGGAGCUAAAUGCUCUGUUGAAAAAGGUUUCUCAGUACCUUCGUAGUAAGAAUUGGGACACGAGGGUUGCUGCAGCUCAGGCGAUCGGUUCCAUAGCAGAGAAUGUCAAGCACACGUCAGCCAAAGACUUGUUUGCAGCCGUGGAAGCAGAAAAACAUGCUUCUGGGUUAUCUGAUGAAACUGGUGAUGUUGCGUCAGCAUUGCCACACCCUGAUACUACUGCAACAUCUGAGCUUGCUUUUGGAAGCUUUGAUAUAAACAGGGUACUGGAAUUUGGGUCUCCUUUGUUGUCAUCGGGUGGACAGACUCGAAGGAUAUCGUAUGCAAGGCACCUCCUCUUCGGUUGUGAGAGUGUCUAGGGGUCGUGGGUGCGGCCAAUUCCUAUGUCUGUGGCCGCACUUGACAUUUCCCUCUCUUUAAGGGCACGUAUCAUUUUUUCUAACUCUGCUAUCUUUUCCCAAGUCGGUUGUGAGAGUGUCUAGGGGUCGUGGGUGCGGCCAAUUCCUAUGUCUGUGGCCGCACUUGACAUUUCCCUCUCUUUAAGGGCACGUAUCAUUUUUUCUAACUUUGCUAUCUUUUCCCAAGUCUUUAUUAUCUUGCCUAGCCUUGUACUGAUAUGUAUUAUUUGAUGUUAAUUACCCAAGUUAGUGCGUGAUGUAAAGCAUAACCUGAGAACACUUGCCUAAGUUUAUAAGAUAUGACAUGUGACAGUCCAAGCCUGCUGCUCUUUCAGUGCUUUUGUUGCUGUACUGUGCUUCUCUAGUUGUUUGAAUGCUUCUGCUGCUAGCCUGCUAGGCUGCUACUAUCUUGAAUAGGUGUGCACUUGUGCUGGUGGUGGUGGUGCUGCUGAUUUAAUGCUUAUGCUCACACUGAUAUUGAUUAAAUGCUUAUGUUGUUGCUGCAUGCUUAUGCUACUGAUUCAAUGCUUUGGAAAUUGAUUGAAUUGAACCUGUUGUAAUCCUUCCUGUUAUACUUGUAUUUAUUUUUUGGGUUUCUAUUUGAUAUUUUAGUCUCUUAUAUAUGGUUCAUCUUCAGUUUCUUCUGUAACCUGCUUGGAGCUUAGAAUACACAAUCCAACUAGUCUCAUAUACAACUAAGACCAAUGAUGCAUGCUUAAUUCUGUAUAUAUGUAUGUAUGACCAGUAAAGUUGGAAGGCCCAAAUUAAUCUUAAAGUUAAUAUGCUCAAUUCUAUACCAUAUUCAUGCUCAUGCAUCACUAGUUACUGCUAUUUUUGCUUGGUCUAUUUUGGCUCAUAACCUAAGUAUACCAAAACUGAUUAAACAAUUUCUCCAACUUACCAAAAUUGUCAUAAUUGUCUCCUGCCUUAUGAUGUUAGUCUCUGUGCACUUACUAGUAUUGUUAGUUGAAUGGAUGGUUGUGGUAGUAGAAUAGGAAUUUUCUUUAGGUGAGUGUUAUAGUGAUGUUCAUUUCAUUACCUAAAUUUGUACCAAUGUAGCAUGCAAGUAUGUAUAGAUUACUAUUGUAGAACAACAUCAGGUUAAUCUGUUGCAUGCAAGUUGUUGGAAGUUUUGUUAUGCCAUGCUUAGUGUUUACUGAACUGGGGCAUUUGGUCUCUUGAAAGAUUAUUACUUACUUCUAGUGUAUUUCACUAAUAGUUUAUCUAGAUCAGGAUCUAAUGUCGUCGAGGCUGCUGCUGCUGUGACAGAAGAUGAAGAAGCUUGGAGAUAAAAAUGAUAAAAAUGUCGCAUUUAUAUGAUUGUAAACCUGAUGUGAUUGGAGUAGUUUUUACUCGCUGCUGAUAGUUACUACUAUUCACUGAUUUUGCCACAUUUUGCUUGUUUUACUCUUAUUUAUGCACAGAGACUGCCUACAAGUUAAUGUGCUCUUAGAUCUGCCUUUAUUUUGUUCCUAACAAUUUUGUUUGAUAACUUGCAGAUGCCCUUCAUUCAUGUUUCGUCGUGAGCUCCAGGACGAACAAGUCCGGAGAAACAUAGAGUUCUAGCUUAUUGCAACUAGUUAUACUUCGAUAGCUAGUUAUUUUUUUGAUUUUUAGUUGUGUUACCUAAUGUGAACUAGUUCUAAUGUGAACCAUGUUUGACUGUAAUGUGCCAAGUUUGGCUCUGUUUGAUUAUAUUCAUGACGUGAACUAUGUUUUCAUGA